ACUUACGCUCGAGCACCCACAGCACUUUCCCAUUUUUGAAACUCUCUUUCUCUCCGGGUGAGGUGAAGAGCAGAGUAGCAGAGCGAUACCUGUAAUUCAAUUUCAUGGGAAGCUUGUUAGGGUUUCGUCCCCCUCAAUUCUCAGAGGAUGGGGCUUGGCUACCUUGUUGGCUUCAACCGGAGGACAAUGGAGUUGAAACAUCUGAUGAGGGGUCCGAGCGAGGGCAAUCUUCCUCUGAGCAAUGUGUUGAGGAAUAUCAUAAUUUUCGGAAAAAUAUAAGCAAUGCCAGUGCUGGUCAACUGUCAGGGGAGGAAGUUGGAUAUAAGAGUUGCCAUUUAUACUUAUCCGGAGAUGACAGUUCACUGCUUAGUUUCACUCCAUCCGUUGAUAAUGUGGUUCAAUUUCAUCUUCAUCUAUCACUGGGUUGUAAUUCAGAGGACAUGCCAAAUUCAUCUAAUGAUACAUCCCAGGUGGAGAGAAAUGAAAUAAAUUGUAAUAUAAAUGUGCAACGUUUUGAAGUUUCUGGAGAACCAGAAGUAAAGGCCAGUCAAUUAUAUAUGGAUCACAACAUUGAUGUAAUUAACUGUUCUCUAAUUCCUGAACUUGGAGGAACAGAUGAAGAUAAGAGAUUAAAGGGGCUUGAAGAAAAUGCCAGACUAUUAGAAGUUGAACAAAUGUUUGAAGCUAGUCAAUUAAAUGUGGACCAAAAUAUUGAUGUAAUGAACUGUUCUUUAGUUCCUGAAUGUGAUGGAACAGAUAAAGAUAAGAAUUCAAAGGUUCUUGAGGAAGAUACCAGACUAUUAGAAGUUGAGCAAAUGAAUGAUGCAGUUGAAAUGUCUAUCUCAGCUUCUGAAGCACUGGUAAUUCAUGAAGUUCUGAGAACUAUGUCCUGCUCAAAAUCUUUGCCAGCUGCAGCUGUGUUGGAAGCUGCACUUCAGGUGAAACAAGCUCGUUUAGAAGUCUGGAAAGAGUCUGAUGAGACCUACUGCAAUUGGUUAACUAAGGAAAUUAGUGAAACUGAUUUUCAGUCGGAGUCAGAAGAUCUAAAUAUGGAAGAUACAGAUCAUGAUGUGGGCAUAUCUGCCUCUCGAUAUAGUUUACAAGGUGAUCACUUAAGUGUUUCUCAAGUUAAAGACACUCUUGACUCUGACAACUGUGGAUGUGAUGGAAAAUCAAAAUCUGAGGAAGUUCUGCCACCUAAUAUUAGCCAUCCUCAAUGUAUUGAUAAUUUUGUAAACCAAAAAUUGGAGGAUGUUCAUGAGAAUGAUCUGCAGUUGAAACAGAACAUAAUAAUUGAAUCUUCUCAUACUGACUGGCAAAAUAAAGUGAUCAAGGAGUCAUCUAUGGGGCUGGAUACCACCAGCAUAUCAUGUGACAACAAUCCCAUGCUGCAUCUUUUAGGGAAAACAGUAGAACAUAAUCCUAAGGAACAUCAUUCUUUGCAAGCUACAGUUGAGUCUCCUAUUGCAAAGAGUUUUGAAAUUGCUGGACAAUUGUACGGAGUAUCAAAUACAGUUCCAAACAGAUUUCAGAGUCGCUGGUUUGGAGGUUGGACUGGUGACACAAGCUUCUCCAUUCCAAUGGUAUACAAUAAUAAUAAAAUCAUAGGUGAACCUUUUGUUCGCGAGACAAGCUAUUUGUCCGAAUCGGCAGAUAUUGCUCCAGAUGAAAACUCCUUUGUGGGACUAAAACAUGACGAUAGGGCCAAUUUUUCUUCUCAAUCAACCAUACCUUCUGAAGGUUUAUAUAUGGAGGGGAAUAACAGAGUAUUUCCCUCUCAGGAUGUCUUUAGAUCUUCAAGUCCAUCCUUUGUUGAUCCACUUUGCUCUGUUGUUCCUUGCAGUAUUCCAUCCCAAAAUAUGCCUUCUCCUUCAGCAUUAUGUGAUGAACAGGUCAAUAUGGAAAAGUGCAUCCCUGGUACUGAAAAUAUUAUAGAAAGUGCUUCAUUACUGGAAAAGUGCAUUCUGGACAACAAGGCUCUUCCGACACAACUUUCCAUUUCAGAGGCUAGUGCUGAUAGAUCAGAGCAUCCUGUUCGUAGGAAAUUGACCUCACUUAGAAGUUUUAGCAUGAUACUGCCUAGAAAUGGGUCAUUAUUAGAGAACGGAAGUCUCAAUAAAACAUUUCUUCCGGAAAGGAGUGAUACAUUGCAAUAUUUGCCACAGCAAAACCUAUAUGGUUCAGCAAACAAUGCGCAUGAAUUACCAUCUGGCCGUCAAGAAGAAACAAUUUCACACCUUAUGUUGAAGUCCAAGACAAAAGGACCUGUGCAGCAUUCAAAUUGUUUUCCAUCUGACUAUACUGCAGAAGCAAAUAGAAAACAGAUGGAAGGAGGUGAAACUUUAGCAGGGAUUGCACCAAACCUGAACCUCUUGAAGCUACAUUCUAUACAUGAAUAUCAAAAUACUGCUUCACUAGGAACAAGAAAGCGUGUCCGGUUUGCAGAAACUGAAACUAAGGCUCCACACAGAGAAAAACGACAAAAUCAACAGAUAACAUCCUACACUCGUAACACUCGCCAUACAAUGAGAGCUGCCAAAUGUUUGAGAGUUUCAAAUUCAGAGUCAAGAGCUCAAAAUCUUAAAGGGUGUCUAACUAAUUGUCAAGGCAAGUUUGAGAAGAAAUUGUUAUUCCAAUCUAUGAAGUUCUUGCUUACUGGAUUUCCAAAGCAGAAGGAAAAAAGAAUAGAAGACCUAAUUAGGAAGUAUGGUGGAACAGUGCUGUCUGAUAUCCCUUCUUCAGAAAAUCAGAGAAAGAGGAGUUCAAGACUUAGAGCGCAGGGGCUUCCUGUUGUUUUGUGUUCAAAGAAGCUACAAACAUUGAAGUUCUUAUACGGCUGUGCAGUAAGUGCCAUGAUGGUAAAAGCUAAAUGGCUCACCGAUUCAAUUGCUGCAAGCUCCCUCUUACCACCUGAACGAUAUAUGAUUCUACAAAAAUAUAUUGGUGAAGGGUCUAUGCAAACUGAAAUUCCUGUCAAACACAGUAGUUCUAACUCUAUCUUUGAUGGUGUUGGCAUUAUGCUUCAUGGUGCAAAAAUUUUUUGUGCUGAAAUGGCAAAAAUAGUCAAGCAUGGUGGUGCAAGAGUUUUCAAAACGCUCCAGAACUUAGUGUUAAGUCUUGAUGCUGCAAAGAUUACCAUUGGGGUUGUUGUGACUGAAGAUGGCAGCUGGGAGUCCAGACACUUGAAGAAGUGCACCUUAGAGAAGAAAAUACCUAUCAUGCCAGUUAACUGGAUAGUAAAUAGUUUACAUGCACAGAAGCUUCUUCCCUUUACAGAAAAGGAAGAUACUUUCUAUUCACAUUCCAUUAAGCUUCCAGAUACUUCUGGUUCAAUUGAAUGUAGUCAAGAAAUUUAAGUGUUCUUGUUGCAUAUCCACUAAUGAAGAGCUUCACUGUACUAUCUUUGAGGCCCUUCUGACCUCCUUAAUUGCACCAUUGUUUGGUAACCUCUAGAGCAAUCUUUGGACAAUGCACUUUAGUUGUGGUGAACAAGCAACAUCAACGUGAAAUGAUAGUGCAUGUUCUUCUGGGAUGUCCAUCUUUGGAGGAGAAAGUACUUGCAUGGACUAUAAGUCAUGCAAAAUUGCGUGGACAGGAAACAGGUACAUCUCAGUGCAAUACUCGGAUUCAGCUGCAGAAACCGAACCUGCUGUAGCAUAAGAUUGUGCAAAAGGAAGGAAUUUGGAUCAAGACAUUAACAAUUUUCAAUUGGAUCACAAAACAUGCCUGGAAUAACGAGUUUUGGUUCUUUGGUUUUGAUAUCGA